AUGAUCAAAGCAGUGAUGGUGAUGAACACUCAAGGCAAGCCUCGGCUCACGAAAUUUUAUGAAUUUCUGCCUGUGGAGAAGCAGCAGGGGAUUAUACGGACAGUGUUUGGAGUUUUGUGCAGUAGGGCGGAGAACGUCAGCAAUUUCAUGGAAGCGGAUUCAAUUUUCGGUCCUGAUAGUCGUCUUGUCUACAAGCACUAUGCUACUCUCUACUUUGUCUUUGUGUUCGAUAGUUCAGAGAACGAGCUUGCAAUGCUUGAUCUCAUCCAAGUUUUCGUGGAAACACUGGACAAAUGCUUCAGAAAUGUGUGUGAGCUUGACAUCGUUUUCAAUUACAGCAAGCUGCAUACCAUAUUGGAUGAGAUAAUCUUUGGAGGCCAAGUGCUGGAAACAAGUUCAGCCGAAGUCAUGAAGGUUGUUGAAGAAAUAUCAAGGCAAGAAUCAGCCUCAAACUCUAUAGGAUUAGUUACCAAAACAGUUUCUGGCUGGAGGAAUAGGUAG